AUGAGUACGAAAAACAACAAAGAAGAAUACAUUGUGCAAAUGCUUUUAGAAGGAAUACGGGAUGCUCCAGAGUUAGUCGAAUUUUUUGAACAAUUUCUUACAAAUUUAAAAAAAUGUGACAACAGAGUUUUGAUGUGUGAUGCAAUUAAUUCUUUAUUCACUGAAGAGUGUUUUUUCACAAUAAAAAAUUGCGAUAUGUUCAAAAAGAUAAUUAAAAAUAUAGCUCCACCUAAAUUUAUACAUGAUAUUGAGAUUCCAAUGGACAAUUUAGAACUUGAUUAUGGUAAUAUUUUGGGUCGAGGAGGAUUUGGUGCCGUAUUUUUGGGUAAACUCACUAGAGAUAAUCAAAGAAAAACGGUAGCAGUUAAAGCAAUACAAAAUCCAUUGCUUGAUAUCAUGUCGGAAAUUUUUGCUAUGUCUAAACUAUCGCACCCAAAUAUUUUACCAAUUAUUGGGUUUAAUUUCGAAAAGAGGCUUAUUAUUACUGAAUACAUGGAAAAUGGAAAUCUACAUAAUGUUUGCUUUUCUUUGGAGAGGCCCACAACGAUGCAGCUCUUCAAAUAUAUACACCAAGUAAUUAAGGGACUUCAGCAUAUGCAUGAAAAUAAGUUUAUUCAUAGAGAUAUAUCUAUACGAAAUAUAUUUAUUAACAAAGAUAAAACGUGCAAGAUUGGAGACCUAGGUUUGGCUGUUCGUGUCGGAGAAACAGGACAAUUUAAAUCUUUAAAGAAGGAGGUGGAUUGUUACCAUUUUGCUCCAGAAGCAUACCUGAAAUAUACAUUCUCGUUCGCUACCGAUAUUUUCAGUUUAGGAAUAUUAAUUUUAGAAGUUACACAUUCUCCUCAAACAUUCAAUUUUUCGGAUGAAGUUGCAAGAAAUUUACAAUUCAGAUUUAUUAAGCCAGAAAGAUGUCCAGACGUUUUGUACAAUAUCGUACGAUGUUCAUUAGUACCAGAUCCAAAUCAAAGACCAUCGUUAAAUGAUUUUAAUAAUCUUUUUAUGGAGUAUUUGUUACAUGCAUAAUUAUAUUAUUAAUCAAUAUUAUUUAGACAUAAUGUCCAAAUAUUUGUCCAUUUAAUCGUUCAGUUAUUAAUAAUAGUGAAUAAUUAUUCAUAGUUAAAAUUAUUUAUGUAUAUGUAGACAAUAUUCAAUUAAUAAAUUAGAUUAUUUUAUUUGUUUUAAAUA